GAUGGUUAUGACUUAGGAGUUAGGAGUUGGGAGGUAGCGUUGUGUUGUGGGCAGUGGUGCAAGAAUCGGAAAAGAAAGGAGAAUUAGGGUUUGAGAGAUGCAAGGCGGUGAUGAAGUAAACAUACAAGAAUUGGCCUCCAAUCUUUCCCUCUACAAAGAUCAACUCAACCAGGUCAGAGAGCUUUUGAACGAUGACCCUUCAAAUACUGAAUAUGUUGACAUGGAGAGGGAACUUUGCGAGGUCAUUGCUUUGACGGAGGAACUCCUUGCAACUGCAAAGCAAAAUGAAAUAUCUGCUUCAACGGCUGCUCCUAAUGCUUCUGCAUCUCCAACUUUGUCAACACAUAAGGAGAAUAAAGUGCUGGAUAGCGGUUAUGAUCAUCAAGAGAAACUUCCUGUUGGCACCAAAGUUCAGGCAGUUUGGAGUGAAGAUGGGGAGUGGUAUGAUGCAACAAUUGAGGCUUAUACACCAAAUGGUUAUUAUGUAUCUUAUGACAAUUGGGGUAAUAAAGAAGAGGUUGAUCCUGCCAAUAUAAGGCCAAUGCAAGAAGGUACUGUUGAUGCUUUGUUAGAAGCUGAGCGAGUUGCUGAAGCUACAAAACAGGCUAUCAAACGAAAAAUUGCGCAAGCUGCAUCUAUUGAUUUUCAGUCUCGGAGUCUGCCUGCAAAGCUUCGUAUAGAGGCUGAUGAUACUGAGGAUGUGAAAGCUUCCAAACGCAAGAAAAUACAUGCCUUUAAGUCAAAGAUGCGAAUGGAGCAACUUGAAGUUACACAAAAUAAGAGGCAAAAUGCUUGGCAGCAAUUUCAGUCAACCAAAGGAAAGGCAAAGAAGAUUGGUUUCUUCUCGGGAAGAAAGCGGGAGAGUAUUUUUAAAUCUCCUGAUGAUCCUCAGGGAAAGGUUGGUGUGACGGGAAGUGGUAAAGGUUUGACAGAGUUCCAGAAAAGAGAAAAACAUUUUCAUCUCAAAGAUGGUACAGUUGAGAGCGAUGAUUAGGUUACCACCUAUUAGCCUUUCAACUGUAUGUAACAUGACUGUCAAACAACCAUUCCCUGUAGAGGUUCACUGAUGUUAAACCAAACGUUAUCUAGUGGAAUGCGUUGAGACUGUUCUAGAUUAUGGUAUUAGCCCCUAAUACAUAUAUAUAUGUUUUUUCCUUUUCCUUGAUUUAUCGUGAUGCAAUUUUAUGGUAUUAUGAUGUG